AUGGCCAACGCCUCAGCUAAGAAGACAGCUGCUCAGAAUGAAGUCGCAAUCAAAAAUCUUCAGAUUGGCAUGCUCAUUGCAAACAUCUCCUAUUUCCUUCUUCGCCUGAUUCUCCCUUACCGGACGUUCCCGCCAACAUGGCGCCAACUGACACUGUACAUUAUGACUGCCAUCCCUGAGUUUGUACUCUUCCGACAUCUCAUAUCUACUGGCCUUGAUCGCCCCUGGGGAGGAUUUAUCUCAGGGGGCAUAACCGAAUGGUGUUUUGAUGUUAUCUACAUUACGUGGCUUUGUCAGGUUGGAAGUGCGUUGAUCGGCGAGUUUGUUUGGUGGCUCUAUCUCUCAAUCCCACUGUAUGCGGGAUUCAAAGCUUGGAGUACCUUCCUUUCACCAUUGAUUGCGUCUCGCUCGCCCCCCGGCUCAAUAGUUCAGUCCUCGAAUGAAGGAGCGGUAGAGGGAGCCACAAACUCGGCGGAUGGCCUCAGCAAGAGACAAAUAAAGCUACAGAAGAGAGCCGAGAAGCAUGCGCAAUCUCAAACCAAGAUGAAGGGAAGACGGUGA